UGGAAUUUGACGUUCAAUUACAAAUAAAUAAUUGUAUAUAAUAAAAGUCUGAAUAUGGUAGUUGUGGCUGCAGCCAAAAAAAAGAAAGUAAAUACUGGAAAUCCUUCUAAUGUGAAGUAUUGGCUCCUGAAACCCAUUAUUUUAAGCAAGCCAAACAAAAACAAUUGAUUGUUUGAAUAAUCAAUCAUGAUAAUUUCAUUGUCACCAAAUGGAAAGAUUUGCAGAGGCGAGUUGCUGUUCCGUCAAAAUUGCACACAGUGGCGCUCAUGACACAUAUUGUAUGGGAUUGACGCUCCCAAUUGAGAAAGUGCGAUUCUGUUGGACCUCAUCCAGUUAUCAUCAGAAUGCCAGGAUCAUCCGUAAAACAAUGCAUAUUUUGCCUGCAGCACGUCCCAGUUGCGUGCAAGGUAUGCAAACUUUGUGGAACUCAGCAGCCCAUGAAGAAGAAGAUCCAGAGAGCUCAAGAAAAAGCCUCCAGGGAAUGGGCAACAAAACUCAGAAAAAUGGGUAAUGCUCCAAAGUUAAUGGACACAGCCCGGAUUCUUGUUCAUAAAUUCAAGAUGGUCGGAUUGCAUCCUCUUUUGCUCUAUGGGUACGCGAAAAAAGACAAGGUGUCUUGUGGUUACCUCUAUGGCUUGGAAGGAGUCACAACUAAAGAACUUGAAAUUGUUGCAGCCAUUAAAGAUUUAUAUCAGAGUCUCCUAGAAGUGAUUAUUCAAAGAGAGAAGGAGGCCCAAACUGUCUGCCUGAUGGACAAUGAAGGACCGAGGGAACCUGCUGGAUCUUCUCUGGAUACCAGAGUCAAAGAGGAGGAUGUGGCCUUUCCUGUUAUUUUAACACCAUGGGCCUCCUCAUCUCCAGGACUGACUCCUCAACCUUCUGUGACAUCACCCCAAAAGUGUGGAACCAAACUUUGCUCUCCACCAAAACAUUCUGUAAUAAUUCAGAGGGAGAAGGAUCAUCAAACAGUCUGCCUGGUGGAUUCAGGGCGACAGAGGGAGCCUGUUGGAUCUCCUUUGGACCCUAAGGUCAAAGAUGAGGAUGUUGCCUUCCCUCGUAAAACUUGUGACCCUGCACCUCUGCCAUGCACCAUGUCCCCCUCAUCUCCAAGACCGACUCUACAACACUCUGCAGCAGCUGCCCAAAGGUUUGCUUCCAUACUGUGCUCUCCACCAAAGCAGACUGGAUCAACCCUAAAACAAUGCUUAGCUUGCAUGCAGCGCGUCCCUGUCGCGUGCAAGGUAUGCAAACUUUGUGGCGCCCGGCAGCCCAUGAAGGAGAAGAUACAGAGGGCUCAAGAAAAGGCCUCCAAGGAAUGGGCGACAAAGCUUAGAAAAACGGGUAAUACUCCCAAGUUAGUGGACACUGCUCGGAUUCUGGUUCAUAAAUUCAAGAUGGUUGGUUUGCAUCCACUUUUCCUGCAUGGUUAUGGGAAAAAGAAUAAAGUGUCCUGUGGUUACCUCCAUGGCUUGGAGGGAGUCACGACGAAAGAACUUGAAAUUGUUGCAGCUAUAAAAGAAUUAUAUCAGAGCCUAUUAGAAGUUAUAAUUCAAAGAGAGAGAGAGGCCCAAACGAUCUGCUUGGUGGAUGAUGAGACACAGAGGGAGCCUGCUGGAUUGUCUAUGAAUACUAAGGUCAAAAAGAAGGAUCUGACUUUUCCUCUCACACCUUGGGACCUCACAGCAUCAGCCAUGGCUUCCACGUCUCCAGAACCACCCCCUCAACAGUAUGCACGCUUUCCCCAAAAGUCUGCCACCAACCACCUGUGUUCUCCACAGAACCAGACAGACUAUGAAUUCCUCAGAGAGAAAAACACAUUCCCAUUUUCAGAGAUCAUUACAGAAAGGAUUCUAAAUCCGUCACUGCUAUGCCUUCAUUCAAUCCUGGAAAGAUUAUCCUCCUGAGUUUGGUCUUCAUAUCUUGAUGCCGUCCAUUUCUUCAAAACGGAUCCCCUUGAUGACCCCCUUUGAGCUUCAAAAAAGGGAAAACAUCACCCGGAGCGGGAAGUCACUGAUGGUGUAGUGGUAUACUCGCCUGACUUUGGUGCAGGCAGCGUGGGUUCAGUUCCCACUCAGUGACGGUGUGAAUGUGAGUGCGAAUGGUUGUCCGUGUCUAUAUGUGCCCUGCGACUGACUGGCGACCAGUUCAGGGUGUAGUCCGCCUUUCGCCCGAAGUCAGCUGGGAUAGGCUCCGGCGCCCCGCGACCCGAACCAGGAUAAGCGGUGUAGAAAAUGGAUGGAUGGAUCACCCGGAGCCAGGUCGGGUGAGUAGGAAGGUUGCUGCAGCACAGCGAUGUCCUACUCGGACAGGAAAUUUCAGAUGCUCAGGACAUUGUGAGCAGGUGCGUUGUUAUGGUGAGGCAGUCGCAAGUUGUCCCGCCGCAACUCUAACCUUUUCUUGCCCACUGAAGGAAGCAAACAUCGCAGGAUCUCUUUAUAGACAAGCUGGUUGAUCGCCUGGCCCAAGAGGAAAACUCAUAGUUUGUAGUUUGAAAUACGCAUAUCUUUUGUUACACUAGUCCUGGGACUUUUCUGACACACCUAGUACAAUAUGGCAUAUUCUACAGUAAAUCUGAGAACACAUUGAUUGUAUGCUUGCUGCAGUUAACUUCUUGAAAUACCAAAAGUUUGCAAUAUUUGGCUUUUGGGUGAAAUUUUAGGAUGACCCUAAAAUGCACUAUAACCUUUACAGGUGGACUGAAUUUUACUUUCCAAUGUUUUAUUUGUUUUUACACAACUUUCUGCUCUCUAACAAGAAGCUGGAAGGCAAAAUUCACAACAGAUUUUUGAUCCAUGAAUCGACCAACAAAUGGCUUGGUUCAAUUAGAAUUGGUAUUUAAACAGUCCUCUUCAUUAUGCUGUUCACAUUUUGACAUCAUAAGACCAAUACAACACAAAACAAUUGGAUCGGCAGAACCUCACCAUUGCAAGCCUUGUUCUCAGAGGGAAAUGGUCACUGAGCUUAGAGUGUCAUCAGGUGGAUGCAACAGGGAUAAAGAGAGACUGGAAGAGUCACAGAAAUGAAUAGAAGUGAACUGAUUUGGUUGAUCCAUGGAUCAAACAUCUGUUGGGAGUUUUGCCAUUCAGCUUCUUGUUAUAGAACUUCUUCAAAAGUUUGAAGAAGGUCAAAUUACGUUUAUGUGUAAAGGUUAUAGUGCAUUUUAGGUUUAUCUUGAAAUUUCACCCGAAAGUCAAAUAUCCCUAACCUUUUGGGAGUUGUGUAUGCUUACCUGUCCUGUUGCUUACCAACAUUUUAGGGAGUGUAAAUUUAUUUCCUGUAUAUUAUUGAUUAUAGAGAUGGACAUAAAAUGAAGAGAUAAUUAAUGCUAUUAUUAUGAUAUAAAGUUUUAUGAAAAAGUACACUAUAUACGCAUUUAUUUGUAUAAAUGGUUAAACAGGUGAGGGUUUUACAGUUGCCAUGUGCAUCUGGGUAUGUUAGUUGCGCCACCAUUUUCAAUAUAUCACAUAAUAAAUUAUUUAUU